AUGAAUGACCCGGAAACCAAUGAGGCUCAAGAUUCCACAGGUUGCCGCCGCAGGAGUAUGCUACCGCAAUUGUCUCAGAGAAAGCCGCCCUCACGGAUCCCAAGUCCUACAAAAGCAGCCUCCGCCGCCGUCAAACAGAAUGACACAAGAAGACCUGCCAAACAUGAAUCAAUCAGCCUUACGAGACAGCACUCCACCGCCGCCAAAGCGAAGUCCUCGAUGCCACCCCCACCAGCCCCCGGGAGGCUACGCUCUUCGACAAACACUUCAACAACCUCAGCAGCGACGAGACCUUCAACGACGGCAUCAUCGCGGAGACCGAGCACAACCAAAUCCACCGUUCCGGGCUCUAACCAUUCACUUCCGCCAGCAAGAAAGCGUACAAGUUCUGUGUCUAGGACGCCAUCAGCGGCUUCAAGAGUGCCGUCCCACAAUCGAUCAACCAGUCACCAAAUCCCUUCUACCUCUCGACCAACCGCACCCUUAAACUCACAAGACGUGAGUUACGCCCGCCGGGCAUCCCUCCGCCUCAAAAAGCCCACCUUCGCAGCCUACCAACAGCACUACACACCCUCCAAAUCCACCACUCGAAAGCCCGCCCUCCCCAAUGCCAAACCCCCUUCCACGGCCUCAGACCCUUCAACCCCAGAUUCAGACCCCGUGAAAACCACCAAAUCCUCCUCCUCUCCUCCUCUCACCGCAGCUCAGACACACGAACUCCUUUACCUUCACCUCCUGCACUCCUCCGCCAUCCCAACCCUCUCCUCGUGGCAAGAUUCCGCAAAAUCACAUUUCUCGUCGCGUUUCGUGGAGCUUCAGGCUCGGCAUGUGGAGCUGGCGGCAAUAGAGAAGGAGCAGCAGGGCUUACUGAACGCGAUUGCGCUGGCGGAAUGGGGGAGUGGGGUGCCCAGUGCGGUAGUGGGGGAGCGGGUGGCAUCGUUGUCGAGGAAUGUGGCGGAGUUGGAGGGGAUGAUAGGGGAGGAGGGAAGAUUUGAGCGGGUUAGGGGCGUGUGGGAGGUUUGGUAUGAAGGGGCGGAGAGGGUACGUGGGGGAAGGGGGAUGGUGGGGGAACAGGGGAUUGGGGAGGAUGGAGGGAGGGCGGAAAUGGAUUUCGUAGAGGGGAUUGGAGAUGGGUGGAAGGCGGAGGCUAUGGUUUUGGAGAGAGAGCUGGGGUAUGUGGAGCGUGAGAUGGUGGGGUUUGAGGAGGUUAGAAAGGGAUCAGGGUUGUGGAGGCUGGUUGGGGAGGGGAGGAAGCUGGUCAGAGGGUUGUUGGAGGAGUUGGACGUUAUGCAGUGGAUUGAGGAUGCUGUGAUGAGAGAGGAGGAAGCGUGGGUGGAUGAGAUGGUGGGAGAGCUGGGGAGGGGGCUUGGUGAUGGGAUGAAAAUCUGA